AUGAAGCUCUCUGCUAUCCUCGCCACCACCAUCUUUGCUCUCUCGGCCUAUGGUGCGGCUGUAGAUUCCGAGCAUCAGACACACACUCUGCAGGCCCGUGCCUGCAACAUUGACGAUGUCUGCCUUGGCACUGGUGGAGGAGACCUGUGCAAUGACCGUUGCAAGAAGUGCAAGGGCGACAGCGGCUACUAUAAGAAGGGUGAAUGUGGCGGAUUGGGCUGGCAACGCUGCUACUGCUACUACUCCUAG